UCUAUAUAUCUAUUGCUCAUUCAUUGGCUUUCUUUCAAUUUAAUGAGAUCUCACCCAUAUCUCCGAGGACUACAACUACUUCACCAAUCACACACAGCUCUCCCAUCUCUCUCUAGUCUCUUUCGCACUUCAAACUAGUCACUGUCUCUGCAUAAUCAUUAUUUUCCAGACGAACCUCUAUCCCAUCCCCAAAGCUGACGAGUCCAUACAUCAUCAUUAACCAAGAUCCCAAGAGAUUUUUUCAAUUCAAAAUUAAGAAACUUGUGUGAAAGCUCUUUGGUUUUGACCAAGUGUGUUGGUGAAGCAUUUACAUUGGGGGGAGUCUUUCUGUCUUAUAUCACUCUGCGAUCAGAUUCAUUCAUUCCGUGCGCUUUUGCAUUGACCAAAUGGGAGGUUGUGUGUCCAAGAGCAAUGAAGAGCCUAUGUUCAGUCCCUGUCUCGGGUUGGGAUGUUGUGGGAGUAAAAUGGGGAGGAGAACCUCUUCAGGCCGAAUCGUUUCGCUUAACAACCUGGUCUCUAUUCCCAACCGGAUCACCAGCAACGGGAAGAGCAAGAGCUCUUGCAUUUUCACUCAGCAGGGACGCAAGGGAGUUAAUCAGGACUCAAUGAUCGUGUGGGAAGAUUUUAUGUCUAAAGAUGUGACGUUCUGCGGCGUUUUCGAUGGACACGGUCCUCAUGGCCAUCUAGUGUCUCGUAAAGUGAGAGAAUCGUUGCCUGUGAGGUUACUCUCUUUCCUUCAGUCGAAGCAAAGCAAAUCAGAAAGCCAAGAAGCUGACAAGGAGGAAGAAGAAGGAGCUAGCGAGGAGGAUAAGUUGAAGCUCUUAUGGGAAGAAGCUUUCUUGAAAGCUUUCAGUGCUAUGGAUAAGGAGCUGCGUUCCCAUCCUAAUGUGGAGUGCUUCUGCAGCGGCAGCACUGCUGUUACAGUCAUCAAACAGGGGUCAAACCUAUUCAUGGGAAACAUUGGAGACUCUCGGGCGAUACUUGGAUCCAAAGACAGCAAUGACUCAUUGGUUGCAACUCAGCUAACAGUCGACUUGAAGCCUGACUUACCAAGGGAAGCAGAGAGGAUCAAACAAUGUAGAGGACGAGUGUUUGCGCUGGAAGACGAGCCAGAGGUGCCACGAGUCUGGCUACCAUACGAUAACGCUCCUGGACUAGCCAUGGCUAGGGCGUUUGGUGACUUCUGUCUGAAAGACUACGGUGUGAUUUCGGUUCCCGAGUUCUCUCACCGUGUUCUCACAGAUAGAGACCAGUUCAUUGUCUUGGCCUCUGAUGGAGUAUGGGAUGUGCUAAGCAACGAAGAAGUGGUUGAAGUGGUGGCGUCAGCUCCAAGGCGAGCGUCAGCAGCUAGGCUAGUGGUGGAUGCAGCUGCACGAGAGUGGAAACUGAAGUACCCGACUUCGAAAAUGGACGACUGUGCGGUUGUGUGUUUGUUUCUAGACGGGAAGAUGGACUCGGAUUCAUCAGACUACGAAGAUCAAGGUUACUACUCGUCAGCAACGAACGCGGUAGAGGAAUCAGAGGAAAGCCAGGUGAAUGCAGAACCGUGUCUUCAGAGAAACGUCACAGUAAGGGCAUCAACAGAAUACGGUAAUGUGAAUGCAGAGAAGGAGAAAAAGAGUGAAGGUGAGCAGAACUGGUCGGGACUAGAAGGUGUUACUCGAGUGAACUCACUUGUUCAGCUUCCGAGAUUCUCUGGAGAAGAAACUAAGACUUGAGAUACAUGAGUUUUCAUUGUUCUUCACGAAUUGAUUUUGCUGGUUGAAUCUUAUGCCUAAUCAAUCCAUAAAGUGUAAAUGUCUUUAAGUC